GUGAAAUCCAAGCAAGGCCCAUCGGCAGCAUCAUUCCUACUACAAGCAAUAUUGAAUGGUCGCCCAGACUUUUAUGCCACCAUGCGCAGUUACUCGAUCAGUCUCGACAGUCUACCCCUAGAAAUUUUCAGACAGAUUCUGAUCGAAGCCGUCCGUGGACGUAAUCUCGAGCGGGCUUUGAGGCUUCGCUUGGUUAGUAAAAGGUUUUCCGAUGAGCUUAUCGACGCUAUUCGGGCAUCCAACUCGUUGGUAGUUCUAUUCUGGGAUGUACAACUGGAGCACUGCGCAUGGAUCAUACCAUAUCUGGAGCGAAAACUCUGCGAGAGAUGCAUGGCUGAUAUGCCUUACUUGCGUGCGAUUGGGGAUAUAGCGGAAGCCCUCGAUAUAGAAGUCAGAACGGAGCAACCUCGAUCAGAGUCGAGAUACGAGGAAUACGCCUCAUUACUUCUCCGGCGGGCUUUGUACUUUCCAUUCUAUGCUGCACCAUUUCUUUGCAGUUUGGCUCGACCCGAUGCCCCAAUAAUGGACCAUUCACUAAAGUUCUCCCCUACCGUCAAAGAUCAGGAUAUCGCCACCGCGGCUGUGCAUAUCAAUCAUCUAUCUGUCGCAACAAGGCUUGCUUCACGCAUACCUUCCACUCUCCAUCGACCUCCACCGCCGUUUUAUGUUUGGCGGUCUCCGUUUCUCGCAGCGAUACAAACGUCAAACACGGCUGCCUUGAGAAUGCUUCUCGAUGUGGACGAGCGAACAGAAAACGCCGUCCUCGAUGAUGAUAAACGGACCUACCUGAUGGAAGUUGCAUUCAGUUCAGGAAGCCUACCCAUCGCCGAGUUCAUGCUUCACUACCAGCAUCCCUCGGGCUGCUACCCCUUCAAGCCUUCUACGCUCCCUUAUCCAAGGAUCACAGACUAUCAUGUCCACAGCUGGAGCCCGAACGUUGGAGUUUUGAAAUUACUUGUCGCCGACUUGGAGACUAGAUUCCCAAACUUCCUCCGUGAGUUGGGUAUACAACAUGUUCUCAGAAUAGCCGUUACAAAUAACGCAACCUCUGUGGUGAAGUGGCUCCUUGAACUUGGGGCAAUCAUCCCAGAUCCAGCAGAUACCAAGGUCUCCCUUCCGGACCAGUUGGUGGCUGUAGCGUGCAGGGAGCAACAUGGCGAGGUUCUUGAGUUGCUCUUGGAGAAUGGAGGGCGAGUGUAUGGCAAGGAGUUUGGUAUAGCUGUCCGUUCUGGAAACGCGUCCAUCCUCAAGAUGUGUCUGGAUCAUGGCGGCAACGUUCGAAGCCGACAUGUAAGAGACGGCUUAUAUUCCGUUGCAAGAACAGGGGUCAUGGACGCAAUGAAACUGCUACUUGAAGCCGGUGUGGAUCCUAAUACGGGAACUAUCUCGCCACUUGUCGGUGCGGUGGAAGCAGAACAUGAGGGUAUGUUUCGAUUGUUACUUGAGCAUGGUGCGGAUGUCAAUUGUGCUAUGGUAGAGGCAAAGGAGAGAGCGCGGUCUCUGGGGCUAGAAUCUAUGCUGGCGCUGCUAGGGAAGUAUGAGCACUAUGACGUAUAGAGGAGAUUUAGGGCAGGUCUGAACCGGUCUUUCUUAGAUACUAUAAAAGAGUCGGAACUUCUCGUCGGCACUGACAGUGAUGCAGCCUGAUUUUCAAUACUUAUAGUCGAAGAAAUGUUGCAUGAAUAGCACACUAUCGGAUUGAUCCGAGC